CACUCUGAUUUAUAGCCCACAAGAAUGACUUCAUCUCGGCUUUCCAUGCCCCAUAGUUCUCACCAUCAAAGUAUGGUGGAUGAGUAACUGAACCCGCAACAUGAUCAAUCCUAAAAUCCCAAGGAUCACUCUAAGUAUGUCUGGAGAAACUCGAAUGAUAAGAGAUCCAACGGCUAGAAUAGCAUGAUAGAUCAAGUCAGUUUUUCAAUGGUUAGAUAGCUGCCAGCUCAAAUAGAAAGUCAGUUAGUUAGUUAGUGAGAUAGCUUCCUAGCUAAGAUGAGAUCCCGUGUAUAAAGUCUGAAAUACAACACAGUUUGUAAUAAUUCAUUCUCUCUCUAAAGAUCAAUACACAUAAUAUUUUUCAUUCUUUCUCUCUCUCUUUUCGCAUUCAUUCUUCAGUUUGUUGUUCUUCAUAGAACCAUUCCUUAGUUCUGUUAACAUGGUAUCAAUCGCUCAGGACGAUCUGUUUGGUGUUUUCCGCUGAAGCUGCAUACUCUGAGGACGUUGUUACAACUAAGAUUUCGGGGUUCUUGCUGAUGAAUUCAUUUUCAUUUCUGGGUUGCUGGUAUUCUCGAUCUUUGAUUCAUAUUGGUGCUUGAAAUUUGUUGCAUAUGAUGUGUUUGAUAUAUUGCCUCAGUGAAAUGUACAAGUGAUAUGAAGGCCGAUGCCAAUUGUUUGAAUCUGAUAGUUGUUUGCUUAAGAAAGUUUGAUGUUCGAAGUCUGAUUGUUUGAUAAAGAUUGGAAGGUUGAUACAUUGAAAAGUUGAAAGAUUGUAAUUGUGUCACUUCAUAGAAAGGCCAAAGCCAUUAGUAUACUAUUUUGUUCUUUGAUAAUCAAGUUUCAGAAGUAGUUUUUUGUCUAUUACUCCGUGCGUUACAAUGGCUGCAAAUUUUGUCAAGAUUGAAGGGUUACUUGGACUGAUUACUGUAAAGUUGCAAGAAGAUAAUUUUGUCAAAUGGAGCUAUCAAUUCUCAUCUGUUUUAAAGGGUUAUGAUUUGUUUGAUUUCUUCAAUGGAGAGUCACAGUGUCCGCCAAAAUAUUGUAUUACAUCUGAAGGUGGGGUUACAAAUGAGAUCUCAAUGGCCUACAAACAGUGGGUUCAAAAAGAUUUGGCUUUGCUCAGUUUACUUGUUGCUACAUUAAGUGAUGAGGUUAUGGAUCAUGUAAUCGGAUGCAAGACUGCUCAAGAAGCAUGGGAAAAUUUGCAGGAAAGAUUUGCUUCUGUUUCUGUUGUGCGAAUAAAUCAGUUGAAAACUGAAUUUCAUACUGCACAGAAAGGGAAUGAUUCUGUUGACAAGUUUCUGUUAAGGCUGAAGGUGAUCAAAGAUCAACUAAUUUCUGCAGGGGAGAGAAUUACUGAGAAUGAUUUAAUGAUUGCUGUUUUGUCAGGUCUACCAUCAGAGUUUGAAGUUAUCAAGACUGUAAUUCUUGCAAGAGAUACUUUCAUUUCUCUAAAAGAUUUUCGAGCUCAGUUGAUGGGUGUUGAAGCUGCACUUGAAACAAAGAUGAAUACUCUUGCUGGAACAAUGUCAGCAAUGUAUAUGAAUGGUGAAUCGUCAAAUGCAAGAGGACCUCAAGGUAGUUUUCAGAAUUUCGAGCAAGGAGAAAGUUCUAAUUCACAAAGAUAUCAAGGAGGUUUUAAUGGUGGUUCUGGUUUUGCUGGGAAUGGAGGUAGAUCUUUUCAACAGAGAUCUGGUUUUAAUAAUAACAGAAGGUUUAAUGGAAAUAACAACAGCAGCAAUUCAAGAUCUUAUUCCAACUUUGGUAACAAAUCUUAUGGCUCUAAUGGUUUGACUGAUAACAACAAGGGAUCUCAGAAUUACUAUAGUGGUUCAAACAACUUUUCUGGUGAAAAUGGUUUCAAGCAAGGAAGUGGAUGGACUGGUAACACAAACUACAAGUCUGCUGUGUCUCCAGAGUGUCAAAUAUGUUCUAGAAGAGGGCAUACUGCACCAAAUUGUUACUACAGGACUGAUAAUGGUCAAGCUAAUCCUAGAGGGCCAAUCUUUUGUCAAAUCUGUGGCAAGAAAGGUCACACUGCACUCCAAUGCUAUCACAGGAACAACUACUCGUAUCAAGGACCUCCUCCACCUCAAACCUUGACUCAAUCACCUAUGGGAAUGUCUGCUCAGACUUCAACUACAAUGCAAGAGGCUCAAAGUGUCCAUGGGUUUUCAAAUGCAGAUACAUGGGUGGUGGACACAGGUGCAACUCAUCACAUGACAGCCAAUCUUGAUCACAUCAAUCAUGUCACUCCUUAUAAUGGUGAAGCUAAAAUCACUAUAGGCAAUGGAGCAGGACAAGGCAACUCAGGUGAUUCUGUACCAAGGAAAGAGUGAUGAUGGAGAAUUAUUCAAGAUACCAGUCUCAGUUUUCAGAAGUUCCUUUGCUGCAAAAUUAGAGAAUUGUGCUGCAUUUCUUGGGAAGAAAGUAAGGAUUUCAGUGUGGCAUAGAAGGCUGGGACAUCCAUCUGAGGAA